UGGGAGUCCCGGGACCUUGAAGAUUAGGCUUGGACGCGAUAAAUCCAGAGCGAGGAUCGGCUCGGGGCUUAUUGGUGUGAACGGUAUCGAAGACAGUGGCAGUAGACGUGCCCAGAGGGCAGCGAGAGAGCGGCCUGGGCCUCGACGGCGGCCAUGAACCCCGGGGAGACAACAGACCCCUCGGUGCCCCCGGGCCCUUUGACUCACCUGAGCCUGCCGGACAGCUCAGAGGUGCGGCUACAGAACGACGGGCCCAGCCUCCUGGGUAGUUGGACCAGGUCACCCCCAGAGCACGCCACCAUCCUAAGGGAAGGCGUGCGUACAUGCCUGCAGCAAAGAUGUGAGCAGACUGUGUGGAUCCUGCAUGCCAAGGUGGCUCAGAAAUCCUAUGGAACUGAGAAGCGGUUCUUUUGCCCUCCGCCCUGUGUCUACCUCGCCGGCCCUGGCUGGAGGGUGAAGCCAAUGCAAGACCAAGUCCACCAGUCUGCGGACACCGGGCCCACCGUCUGCGGUUACAUGGGACUGGACGGCGCGUCCGGCAGCGCUCCCGAGACCCAGAAGUUGAACUUCGAAGAGCAGCCAGACUCCAGGGAAUUUGGUUGCGCCAAGACCCUGUUCAUCUCCGACGCCGACAAGAGGAAGCACUUCCGGCUGGUGCUGCGGCUGGUGCAGAGGGGAGGCCGGGAGCUGGGCACGUUCCACAGUCGCCUCAUCAAGGUGAUCUCCAAGCCUUCACAGAAGAAGCAGUCGCUGAAAAACACAGACCUGUGUAUCUCCUCGGGCUCAAAGGUCUCCCUUUUCAAUCGCCUGCGCUCCCAGACAGUGUCCACGCGCUACCUCUCUGUGGAAGAUGGGGCCUUUGUGGCCAGCGCAAGACAGUGGGCUGCCUUCACCCUCCACCUGGCUGAUGGGCACUGCUCCCAAGGGGACUUCCCACCCCAGGAAGGUUACAUCCGCUAUGGUUCCCUGGUGCAGCUUGUCUGCACUGUCACGGGCAUCACACUUCCUCCUAUGAUCAUCCGAAAAGUGGCCAAGCAGUGUGCCCUCCUUGACGUGGACGAACCCAUAUCCCAGCUGCACAAGUGCGCGUUCCAGUUCCCAGGCGACACCCCAGGAGGGGCCGGCACCUACUUAUGCCUCUCCACAGAGAAGGUGGUGCGAUUCCAGGCGUCCCUCUGCCCCAAGGAGGCCAACAGGGCACUGCUCAACGACAGCUCUUGCUGGACCAUCAUUGGCACGGAGUCGGUGGAGUUCUCCUUCAGCACCAGCCUGGCCUGUACUCCGGAGCCUGUCACUCCAGUGCCUCAUAUCAGCACUCUGGAGCUGAGCGGCGGAGGUGAUGUGGCCACGCUGGAGCUGCACGGAGAAAAUUUCCACGCUGGGCUCAAGGUGUGGUUCGGAGAUGUGGAGGCAGAAACCAUGUACAGGAGCCCUCGUUCCUUGGUGUGCGUAGUGCCAGAUGUGGCGGCCUUCGGCAGCGACUGGCGUUGGCUGCGCACUCCCAUCACGGUGCCCGUGAGCCUGCUGCGCGCUGACGCGCUCUUCUACCCCAGCGCUUUCUCCUUCACCUAUACCCCGGAAUACAGCACGCGGCCACGGCCACCCAACGCCCAAGAGCCUGCCCCUGACGCAGAUGCGCUUCUGGAGAGCAUCCACCAUGAGUUCACACGCACCAACUUCCACCUCUUCUGCCCCACCUAGUCAGUGCCACUGAAGCUGGCUCCAGACCGCUGCCCCCAGCUGUCCCUCAGGGCGUCCUUUCCCUUACGCUACCAAAGAGCAGGAGGGAUGACGAUAUCUCGCCUGACCUCAGGCCACUUGCUGUCCUUAGACAUACAGUAACUGUCAAUCAUGAGUAAUGUUCUUUGGUUCUUUUUUUUUUUUUUUUUUUUUUUUGAGCUGGGGACCGAAGCCAGGGCCUUGCGCUUCCUAGCCAAGCGCUCUACCACUGAGCUAAAUCCCCAACCCAUGAGUAAUGUUCUAAUGUCUUCACGGUGUGGCGUGCUUCCUGUUUUUGUAAACCUGUAGGCUUAUUCUUCUGUCUUUGUCUCUUUCUGCCUCUUCAUGUGUCGGCGACCAAUUUUGAGUAUGGAAGCCUAGGGGAUUUGUUCUCCAGGCACCUGUGUCCCCACUUGAAAACAAGUUACUUGAAGUAAAACUAGGCUUGGGCUUGGUCCCGUGAGAUCCCUCUUAGAGCUAGGCAUGUGUCUGCCCGUGGUGACGCCUGGCUUUGGUCUCUGAUCAGGCAGAGGCUGAGGACGGUGGUCAGGUUUGCUCUUUUUCACUGUCCCACACAGCUACUUCUCUCAGGACCAAUAGGAAGAGCCUGAGGAUAUCCUUCUGUAUCCAGGUAUAAGUGAAUGAGAAAACACUGUGCUGGGGGGAGGGAUGGUCAGGGGUAAGGGAGGGAGAGGGCUGAGUGCUCCCAGGAUUCUGACCAAGUCAGAGCCUGAUGGAGAUGCUGCCAUUUUUAUGACUCUCUGUAGGGAAGAAAUGGGGUUCCAAGGCCACAAAUAUCCUAAGCCUAGAGGCCACCUUGCCACCCUGGCAGCCAGCAACUAGCUAUCCUCCCGUGCCAAGUGUCUUGGUUAG